AUGACUACAUCACACAUCGGCCUGCUCUACUUUGGUCGGUUGCUCAUCGGGCUAGGCAACGGAGGUUUCAUGACCUUCUCUCAGCUUUAUCUACAAGAGAGCAGUCCAGCAAUAUAUCGCGGGCUGUUCCUUACUAUCUUCCAGUUCUGUGUAACGAUUGUGGGUAUCCUACUGGCAAAAGGAACUCUCCUCGGCACUAUCAUUGACUGGGCAACUGCCCAGCGCCCUGACAGAUCAGCCUACUUGAUCCCUCUGGCGACAAUCUACGUGAUACCAGUUCUCUUGGCCGUCGGUCUUUUCUUCAUACCUGAGUCGCCGCGCUGGCUGAUACUGGAGGGCCGUGUAGAUGAGGGUCACAAAGCUCUUGCAUGGCUGAGACCCACUGAUGCGAACAUUGAUGAUGAAGUUGCAGAAAUUCAAACGUCCAUCCAAGAACAUCUCGAGUUGACAAAGACCGUCAACUUUUGGGACAUGUUCAAGGAUCGAGUAGACCGAAGACGCUCUAUGAUCUCUAUCGGCGCUGUAUCCCUGCAGGCCGCAUCGGGAUCCAUGUUCAUCAUUGGUAAGUUCCAGAUCCAUUUGACCCGAAGUUCAUGA